AUGACUUCUUCACGACCCAGUAACACACGUAAUUAUACGGACGAAGAGUUGGCGAGAUAUUUGAAUGAUGAGGACAGUGAUGGUGAUGUGGAAUCUGCUGGAAGUGAGACAGAGGACCAGUUAGAGAUCGAGCAGCUGGAACAAACGGAUGAAGAAGAUAGGCCAACUGAGGUAAUAUCAUCCAAUGUAUCUAACCCAGAUUCAUUUAUAAUAUUCGAGGAGACUUCGACAACACAGGAGAGUACAGCCCAGGAGAGUAACAAUUCUUUUCUUCGUUCAAAUAUCAUCCCCUUUUCUCAGAGAGUUUUACGCGGGAGAAAUAGGUAUGUUUGGUCUACCGUAAGGCCCCAGUCCAAUAGAACUUCAAGCUCUAAUAUUGUACAUAUAUCCCAAGGUCCAACUAGUCACUGCAGAGGUAUAAAAGAUCCGUUGGCAUGUUUUGAAUUGUUUAUAACUGAUGAGAUCUUAGAUGAAAUUGUAAAAUGGACUAACGCAGAGAUAAUAAUAAAACAACAAAAUUAUGCUACCCUUCGAAGCACUCAGCAACCCACAGACAAGUGUGAAAUUAGAGCACUAAUUGGGAUCUUCAUAAUUUCCGCUGUUCUCAAAGACAACCACUUGUCUACUGACGAACUUUUCGACUCAUCUUUAUCUGGUACAAGAUAUGUACGAGUAUCUACAAUGAGCAAAUAUAGAUAUGAAUUUCUUAUACGUUGCCUUAGAUUUGGUGAUAAAAAUUUAAGAUGA